AUGGAGGACAAGAAGUUCAGAGAUGUGGAGAUUGCAGCGCUGAGAAAAACGUGUCGAUCGAAGGACUGUUAUAUCUCUACGGAUCAUAAUUCACUUCACCACAUCAUGAAGAGAGCAUUUUUACUCUUUCUAUUCCCGGUUUUCGUUAUCGGUGUGUUUGGUGAGUCAGUGUCAGUGAAGGAGGGAGAUUCAGUCACUCUUCACACUGAUGCUACUGAAAUAAAGACAGACGAAGAAGUUGAAUGGAGGUUUAACUCCACUCGCAUAGCUAGAGUGACUGGGAACAAAGCUAUAUAUGAUAAUGAUGUGAAGUUCAAGGACAGACUGCAGCUGGACAUUCAGACUGGAGAUCUCAAGAUCUCAAACUUCAGAAUCACAGACUCUGGACUUUAUAAGUUUGAGAUCAACAGCCCCAGAGUAUCCUCAGAGAAGACAUUCAGAGUCAGUGGUGUGAGAGAUUCAGGAGUGAAGUCGCUGUCAGUGCUGGUGGGAGAUUCAGUCUCUCUGCACUCUGGUGUCUCUGAAAUACAGAGAGAUGGUGUGAUACGAUGGAGGUUUGAACAUCUUAACACUCCUGUAGCUGAAAUCAGUAGAAAGGUUGGAAUCUUCAACACAUCUGAUGGACCUGAUGGGAGAUUCAGAGACAGACUACAGCUGGAAUAUUUGACUGGAUCUCUGACCAUCAAGAACAUUGGAACCAGUCACUCUGGAGUUUAUGAAGUUGAGAUCAGGAGUGACAGCCGUGGAUACACCACACACAAGUCAUUUAAUGUGACUGUCAGCGAUGCAGUGAAGACCGUGUCAGUGAUUGAGGGAGAAUCUGUUACUCUACCAACUAAUGUUACUGAAAUACAGACAGAUGAUCUGAUACAGUGGAUGUUUGGAGACACUGUCCUAGCUGAAAUCCAUAAAACAGCCCAACGAUUCUCCAUAUAUGAUGGUCCUGAUGGGAGAUUCAGAGACAGACUAAAGCUGGAUCAUCAGACUGGAUCUCUGAUCAUCAACAACACCAGAAUCACAGACUCUGGAGUUUAUGAAGUGAAGAUCAUCAGCAGCAGACACAUCAUAAACAGGAGAUUCACUGUUAUUGUCUCUGGUCUGUCUCCAGCUGCUGUAGCAGGGAUUGUUGUUGCUGUUGUUGCUGUUGUUAUUCUGGUGACUGCAGCUGUAAUUCCUGUUGUGAUUAAACAUCGACGCAGGAUCGCUGAACUAGAAAGACAAAAGAGUAAGAGUGUGACGUGUUUUUAUAGUAAUGCUGAUAUUAAAGCAGAGGUGUCCAAACUCAGUUCUGGAGCGCCGGUGUCCUGA